AUGAUGGAGGAUGGCGCGCUAAGAGAGGCAGAACCUACAGGUGAUUUCGAGGAGAUCUCGACGCCAAAGAUCCAGGAUCGGAUGGACAAGGCUACACGGACCCAGGAUCAACAACUGGAUGCUAUCUAUUCCGGCGUCAUGCGACUCCAUCUCGCAGCUGACGCCACGAACGAAGAAGUCCUGUCACAAAAUGCUAUGCUGGACGAGGUAGCCGUGCAAGUGAACGAAACGGAAGCUGCCUUGCAACAACAGACAAAAGCAGCACGCAAAGUUACCCGCGCACACCGCGAACUUGGCUGCUACUACGUGAUUAUCCUGUUGCUAAUCGUAGCAUUGCUUAUCGUUAUCUUCAUAUGA